AUAGGGGCAGGAGCGUUUUUGUUUAUCACCUUUGGAGAGUUCCCCCGAUCAAGCAGAGACCUGAAGAUGAUAUGUAAUUUUUAAAGGGUCGAGAAAUGAUAAAUUAUCUGAUUCUGUUAUGUGGCUCCAUUUUAACAGUUUGAAUUCAAGUCUUGACGCGGUUCAUUGGCCAAACUAUCUUUCUAUCGUUCUGCACUUCGUUCAAGUUUUGCCUGCUGCUGCCUUUCCUGUUAUCUUUCCAUUGUGUAGGUUAAUUUGCUGCUCAAUGGCCUUUUCACAUCAUCUUUAUCUGCUUUUUGAUCUGGAUUGAUUUGAUGUGAAUCUCCAUGGGCACUUAAUGUUCUGUAAAUGCUACUGUUAGAACACGGUGCUCUUUACAUUGUUUGCAAGCUUGCGGAGUAACAGCAGCAAGCAUGUUUGCAUAGCUUUUUAGAGUUUAAAAUGCAGUUAGUGAUAAUGUUUACUAAUGGCUACAGUCUAGCUGGUGGACUGAUAUUAAACUGUAGCAGUUCAAAGGUGCUAGGGAAAUGCAAUAUGCUUAUUAACAAUUAAUCAUUGCGCCUCAAUUCUGAACUACUUGUAUUCAACAAAUAAAUGAAUUUUAUUAUCAUAAGCUGCAAAAAUUUACUGUCCCUCUUCCUGAGAUAAUCACGUAUUGAUUGCUCGUGCACUUGCGAAAGUGUCCAAAUUGUCAAGUUUAGCCCCUUCCCAACCCAACACCUCUAACCAGCCUGUUCUGUUCGAUUUUUUUUUAGCUCAUUUAAUACAAUCGUUCUGGUCCAUUAGGUUUUCUGUAGUUAGCCUUAGCCUACUCAAACCUAACCCUAAUUUACGAGCCCGUUAGCGCUAUUGUUUAAGCCGACUAUGCUAUUUAUUUAAGGCAAAAUUUCUCAAAUGACUACCUUAUUGUAGCUUCCUACCAUUUGUAACUACCCUUUUUAAUAUUACCAUUCGUAGCUAAAAAUCUGUUUAUUUGUGUAUGUUUUCGGAUGUAUUUGUUGUCAGCAAAUACAUGAGCAUACGGUAAAAAAAGGAACAACUUCCUUUAUUUUAGCCUCUAAACGUGGUGAUAUUAAAUGAGAAAUCAAUAUAUUUUUUACCUUCCUUUCCACAAAAUAAGCUAUAAUAUUCCCUUUCCUUACACGUAUCUCUUCUUCCAUUCAUUCUUCAACAGUCAAAACCGUAAAAAUUCAAAUUUCAAAUUAAAUCUGAAAUUAUAGUAACAAACACAAACACGUCAAUCAUCAGGUAAUUCGUGCAAAAACACUUUUUUUCAUUUCACAAAUUUCGUCUCUUCAAUUUGUAUUUAUGUGAUUUCAAUUUUUUUCUUGGAUCAUAAUGUGAGAGUUGUUUUAUUCUUCUGAUUUUUUUUUUAUUUCUGUCUUCAUCACUGAUAUUCGAAAAUAAUGAGGUAAUCUCAUUGUAAGCGUGUCAAUGAAUGAACAAUGCUUUUGAAAAUUUCGGUUGAAAGUAUGUUAAUGUACAUGAAUGGUUAGGAAUCCAAAAAAAAAGGAUCCAGUUCAUAUCUUUUAUUUUUCUGAAGCUAAACUAUGUUUUUCUGAACUAAUUUUCAUAUAAGUAGCAAUUUAUGCUAAAACUAAUUAUUUCUGAAGUGUCAAAAUAUAUGUAUGUUAUAUUCCAAUAUGUUUUCUCUUUUACACAUUCCAAUAACUUUUCGAAGUGUUCAUCAAUAACUUUCCGAAGAUCCAGUUCAUAUUUUUUUUGUUCCUCAAUCUAAACUACGUAUUUCUGAACUGUAAUUCAAUAUCUAAACAAUGUAUUUCUGUACAAUGUGAACUGAACUAUGUUUACUAUGUAUUUUUAUAAUAUCCAAACUAUGUAUUUAUGCACUGUCUAAACUAUGUAUUUCUGAACUAUAUAAACUAUGUAUUUGUCAACUAUUUUUCAUAUCAGUUUAUGCUAAACUAUGUAUUCUGGAGUGUAAUUCAAUAUGUGUAUGUUAUAUUAGAAUUAUUAGUGAGUAAUUCUAAUUUGUAUAAAUUAUUUAAAUUUGAACGUGAAUAUUAUGUAGGGCAUACAUAUUACAGGUUUUAUGUUGACACAGUGAUUCAAGGAUUUUUUUUUUUUUUUUAUAUAAAAUGGCCAAUAUUUCAUCGUUGAUUAGACACUCUGGUAUUUGGAACGACGAGAAUAAAUACGUCAAUUACAAAAUCGAUGCUGUGACUUUCAAGGAGUAUUCGACGUAUGAGGAAUUGUUACAAACAGUUGCAACACAAUUGAAUUUGGACACGAAAAUGAAAAUCAUAAGCAUAAAAUACAUGGUUGAAGGUGAUUAUAUUCCAAUGGAAAUUCACAAUGACAUGGGUGUUAGGGUGUAUGUGGAACUGAAAAAAGAGAACAAAGCAUUACCAAUGUACCCAUUAUGUAUCAUUACAACUGAUAGAAGCAUGGAGAUAUGUAUAUCGGAUGAGAGUUGUGUUGAAGGUGAUUAUUUGCAAAUCGGAUACACGAAUCAAACAGUUGGUUCCCAUGAUUUUGCAUCAUCAAGUUGUGGAAAGGCUGAUUUGUUAUUCGAAAACAACAAGGGUAUGGUUAUUGAUGACAAGAACCAAAAAGUAGUUGUCGUCAAUCAAGUAUACAAGGAUAAAGAUACAUUAAAAUCUGUGAUGGUGAAUUAUGCAAUUAUGAAUAGGUUCAACUAUCGGACAGAAAGGAGCAAUGCAAUAAGCUACACUCUUGUGUGCGUAUCAGGAGAGUGUGAUUGGAAAUUCAGGGCGUCAAGUGUCGGUAAGUCAGGAAUGUUUAGAGUUAGGGAGUUUCAAGACAAACAUACAUGUCCAUUGAAGGAAAAGGUUUAUUCCCAAUGCCAAGCUACAAGUCGGUUGAUAAGUGGGAUUGUCAAACCAAAAAUAUCAAAUCAUAAGAGGAAAUAUACGCCUAAAGACAUUGCGGAGGACAAAAAUGAUUUCGGAAUGGAUGUGUCGUACAUGGUUGCUUGGCGGGCCAAAGAAAGGGCGAUGAAUGAUUUAAUGGGUGAACCGGCUGAUUCUUAUAAAAGACUACCUGGAUAUCUAUACAUUUUGGAUAAGACUUACCCGGGUUCACAUAUCAGAAUGCGUAAAACGGAGAAAUGGAUUGAGCUGGCUAAUCACUUGAUGACCCGGUGGAGAAUGUGAACAGAGAGUCGCUCCCAUAAACGAAUGAAUGGGACUCCAUCUGUUAACCGAGGGUGGACAAUGACUUCUAACAUAGCAGAGUGCAUUAACCGACAUCUUCUAGCAGCUAGAGAACUGCCUAUAUAUGACUUUCUCGAAGAAGUUAGAAGGAUGUUUGGGAGAUGGAAUUACAAUAACCGGAGAAAUGGAACAUACACGUUCACUACACUCGGUAAAAAGUUUCAGAAAAUGCUAUCAAUCAACGAGUAUCUAUGUCUACGAAUGACGGUAGAACCGUCAACAGAAUUCGUGUACACAGUACAUGAUGGAGGACGACGAUUCAUUCUUAAUUUGAAUAGCAAAACUAGCAGUUGUCGUAUGUUUCAACUAGAUGAAAUCCCCUGCCCGCAUGCAUGGGCUGUCAUUAAAAAGAAAAAUCUGGUUGCUGAGGAUUAUUGCUCUGAUUUGUUCAAACCGGCGACCGUGUUGAAGACAUAUGAUGUACCUGUGGAUCCUCUACCCGACGAGCGUGAAUGGAACAUUCCCAACCACAUCUUGGAGGAUGUGGUUUUGCCCCCAAGAUACAAGAGACCGCCUGGUAGGCCAAAGAAGAGGCGUGAUAAGCCUUUAAGUGAAUUGUUAUUUGGAAAGGGCAGACAUGCUUGCAGUACUUGUGGACAAGUUGGGCAUAACAGACGUUCAUGUAGUUUUGAGCCUCUGAGGAAGUGAAUUUUUCUUGUGUUCCUAUCCAUUUAACUUUUUUACCGAAGAUAGAUUGGUUAUUUAAGUAUUUGAACACUUGUGUCAAAAACUUCCAUUGACACUUGUUGUAGUAUUAUAGAUAUUUUUGCAAUGAAAUGAAU